UGGACUAUUCAUUGUAUUACGUUGAAUUGUGCUUAGUACCACUACCGACAAAGAAAAAGCUGGUUACGAAAUAUUAUAAAAUAUUAAGAAGUGUAGGAUGUAAAUGUUUUCUCAAUAAUGAAUUGUAUAUUAAUAUGUUAAACGAUUAUUUUUGGAUACAUACUCGAUAUAUAAUUACGCAUAUUAUAAGCUUGCAAAGCAAGAAAUUUUUUAUGGUCGGCUUAUUAUGAUCGGUGUUUAUACACCGCAGACCGAAUGUGAAUCAAAACUUCUUCAUUAUAUAAAUAUAUAUGCUUAUCGUUGUUUCAUUAAAAUAGUGAAAAAUGAGUUCUGGAUUUAUAUCAGAAGCUGAAAUAGCGGAGCAAAGGAGAAUAAGACAAGAAGAAUGGGACCGUGUACGAACAGCUGACCAACCUUUAGAACCUCCUGAAGAAUCAUACGAUCCUAGAUCUUUGUACGAACGAUUGCAAGAACAAAAAAACAAAAGAGAUGCAGAAUAUGAAGAAGCGCAUAAACUUAAAAAUAUGAUAAAAGGAUUGGAUGAUGAUGAAGUGGAAUUUUUAGAUUUGGUUGAUAGGACCAAGUUAGAGGAAGAGCGUAAAAAAAAUCUUGAAGAAGAAAAAGAAAUGCGCGAUUUCAAAGCUGCUGUUGCUUCUUUACAAGAAAAGUCAUUAGAUGAAAGAUUAAAACAAGAAUUAAAGAAACCUCAGAUCGCCAACAAGAAUAUUUGUAGUAGCAGUGGUCGUAAUUCACAGUUAAAACUAUUGGCAGGUGUAGUUGUGAAAAAGUCAGAAAAACCAAAGUUGAGUGAAAACAAGGGUGUCAAAAGAAAAUUGUCUUCGCCAGAACCAGAUAAAUCUUUAACAAAGGAGGAUGACCCUCAUUUACAAUAUCCACAAAUACUAAAUGCCGAAUCAAAUAUACUUGUAGAAAACAAAAAUUCAUGUUUAUCUAACACAAUGAUAAAUCAUACAGGAGGAAUGAAAUGUAUUGGUAUUUUACCAGGACUUGGUUCUUAUGAUGAUUCGAGCGAUAGUGACUGUAGUUCAGAUACUGAUCAAGAUCCAGAGUUAAAUCAAUCUAAAUAUGAUCUUUUAGGACGUAAAAUAGAAGCUGCAAAAGAUAAGGAGAAAAGCUGAAUGUCUUUAUUUGGCUUCAUACAAAGUGUCAUAAAUAUUCAUGGUGGACAGGAGAUACAUAAGGUAAUGAACUUAUCAUAUCAUUGUAUUUAUCUACUACUAUAAAUUUUGAAUUAGUAUAUAAUAGUAAUAUUAUUUUGCUGAAAUUUUUUGAUAUUCCACAUGUCACUAUAAGUUAUAAUAUGUUCUUGAGCUGUAACAUUCUGAAUGUUUUUAUAAAAUAUAUAGUAUUUUUUAAUUAGGCCAGAAUCAGUCAUAAGCUCUUAUGUUCCACAAACAUAAUUAAUGAAUAGAUUUCCAUUGGUAUAAAUAGGUUUAUACCAGUUUAAAAAAAAAAUCAUUCUUACAAUUUCAUUUUUAAAUUUCUUUUAACUAAUUCGUGAAAAUUGUACUAUAUUGAUUUUGUUACAAAUAUAAAAAAGAGAAAUUUAUUUCUGACUAUCUAUUGCUAAAAUUAACUUUAAUUCACUUUUUCGUUUGGACUUAUACCAUUUAUAGAAAAACGGCUCGUAUAUAUUGUAAUUGUAUUGUACAUAAAUUAUAAUAUAUAGAUUCUUUUCUUCUUACUGUUUUAUAAGCUUUUUUAGUGUAUAUAAAAUUCUAAUUUGCUUAUAUCUUUAUAAUAAAUAUUUAGCUUAUAUAGAUUUAUUUAAUAUAAAUUACUAAAUAACAUACAUGAUCUGUCACUAUAACAUAAUAUCUUUUUUGAAAUUUUCUUAAAUUAUUUAAUUACUUUUGCAAUAAUAAAUUUGUAGUAUUCAUUUUUACUUUAUAUUCUAAUGUCCUAAAGCCACAUUUACAAAUAAAAACACUUUGUAGCGAAUCAAGUUCGCCACAAUUAUAACCUUAAAUGAAAAUCGAUCAUGCAAACAUUAUUUAAUGAAAAACAGCCAACAAAUAAUAAUCCUGUACAAAUGAAGACAUUUUGUAAUAUGUUUCAUUUUAUUGUUCUCUACGUGUAUGCAAAAUCCUGCUGAACAAACGUGUUCUCGUACGUAUACAUUUUUACAUAUAUAUAUAUACGUAUAUAUGACAAGUAACUCCCGUGUAAAACUAAGUUCCUAGAAAAUAUAUUAUACGAAUUCGUUGUACAAAACAAUGAAUUAAAAUAAAAAAUAGGCUUGUUUCAAAAAUUAAAAAAAUUAUACUACUUUUUUUAAACUAUUAAAAGUCGAAUAAAAUAAUUUUCAAAUUUUUAUCUUAUUUUUUUAACGAACACAAAGUAGCUAUACAGAGCUAUUAACGAAAUACUCAUACAUACAGAACGUUUUACAAAAGUAAAAUAAUAUCAUGUAGGAAUAUCAUAUUAUAAAGGGGUUACUUGUAUAGCCAUACUCUUGAUAGACAAUAAUUUCAUUUUUUUUUAUACGAUGCGUGUUUUAGGGCUAUUUAAUCAAGAUUAUUUUACCUUAUUGAGAUAUUAGUU